UCAAAGGCCUCCAUGACAUGAGUUCGGCUGAAAGAAAAGUAUGCCUUAUUAAAUGGUAUUUUAUGUAUUCUUCGCAUCCCUAAACAAAGUCUAACCACACCACAAACAAUGUACAUAAAACAGGUUAUAAUUCAAGGCUUUAGAAGCUACAGAGAUCAAACAAUUAUAGAACCAUUUAGCUCCAAGCACAAUGUUAUAGUUGGGCGUAAUGGAUCUGGUAAAAGUAACUUCUUUUUUGCAAUUCAAUUUGUUUUGUCUGCGGAUGAGUUCAGUAACCUAAGGCAAGAGGAACGCCAGGCAUUAUUACAUGAAGGUACAGGACCAAGAGUGGUGUCCGCAUUUGUGGAAAUCAUCUUUGAUAAUAGUGACAAUAGAUUACCAAUUGAAAAAGAUGAAGUGUCUUUGCGGCGUGUCAUUGGAGCCAAGAAGGACCAGUACUUCCUGGACAAGAAAGUAGUGACCAAAACAGAUGUUAUGAACCUGCUGGAGAGUGCUGGCUUUUCCCGUAGCAACCCCUAUUAUAUUGUCAAACAAGGAAGGAUCAACCAACUGGCUAUUGCCAAAGAUAACCAAAGGCUCCAACUAUUAAGAGAAGUUGCAGGAACAAGAGUUUAUGAUGAAAGAAAGGAAGAAAGUAAACAGAUAUUAAAGGAUUCAGAAAAUAAAAAAGAAAAAAUAGAAGAGCUACUACAAUAUAUAGAAGAAAGACUGUCCACUUUGGAAGAAGAAAAAGAAGAGUUGAAAGCGUAUCAGAAAUGGGAUAAAGAAAGAAGAUGUUUAGAGUACACAAUACACGAUAAAGAACUUAGAGAGACAAGAGAAAAACUAGAUGAGUUGGAGGAAGUGCGACAAGAAGGUUCCAAUAGAGCUGGUGAUCUACAGAAAGAAGCAUCUAAAGCUAGUGAUAAGAUUGAAAGGUAUUCUCACACUCUUAAAGAGCUGAUUGAAAGAGAGUCAGUCAUGAAUACAGAGAAACAACAGCUGGAGGAUGAAUGCUCAGAUCACAUCAAAAGACGAACAAAACUAGAACUUGAUAUCAAGGAUUUAGAGAAUAGUGCUACUGAUGACGAUGCAAUGAAGCAACAAUACCAAGUUGAGCUUCAAGAAUUACAAGUCACCAUUGAUGAACAGCAAAGAGAACUUGAUGGUUUAUUGCCAUCCUUUAAUCAAUAUAAAUCUGAAGAAGCAUUUUGUACAAAAAGACUUGCAGCAUGUGAGCAGAGAAGAACUGAACUGUAUGCAAAGCAAGGCAGACGGAACCAGUUUUCAUCCAGGGAGGACAGAGAUAAAUGGAUUAAUAAGGAGAUCAAGUCUUUGACUAGUUCAGUUUCAAAGAAAGAGUCUCAGAUUCGAGCUUUGCAAGAAGAUGUAAAAGGGCUACACAGAGACUUAGAAAAACUUAAUCAUGAUAUAAAGGAGCGACAUGAAACAACAGAACAGAAGAAAAAUAAAAUGGAGGAAACAAACCGACUUUACUCAGAACUAAAGAGAAAGAGAGAUGAACUCAGUAAUUCUAGAAAAGAGCUCUGGAGACAAGAAGCAGCACUUGAACAAACAAUAAGCACAGCUAGAGAAGAACUAACCAAGGCUGAACGGAACUUGAAGGCAACAACGAGCAGGGGUAUUAGUAAUGGUAUUGAAACAGUGAAGAGAAUCAUGCAGGAGAAAAAUCUACAAGGAGUCUAUGGUCCCUUGAUUGAAAACUUUACUUGUGAUGAGAAGUUCUUUACUGCAGUAGAAGUCACAGCUGGAAACAAGCUCUUCCACAUAAUAGUUGACAAUGACAAGACUGCUGCUCAAAUCCUCUCAACUAUGAACCGACAAAAAAUGCCAGGAGAAGUUACCUUUAUGCCACUUAACAAGCUCAAGUUCAAACCAACCAAAUUUCCAAAAUCUGAUGACGUGAUGCCAAUGAUUUCCAAGCUGAAUUUUAAUGAAGCAUUGAAGCCUGCAAUGGAACUAGCAUUUGGCAAAACUCUGAUAUGUAGAGACCUAGAUGUGGCUUCCCAAUAUGCAAAGAGUGAAAAUCUUGAUUGUAUUACAUUAGAGGGUGACCAAGUAAGCAGACGUGGUGCUUUGACUGGUGGUUAUUAUGAUACUCGUAAGUCAAGAUUAGAGUUACAACGGACGAUAUGGAAUAAUGGAAGCAAGGUGGAGGAAGAGGAAACCAAAGUACAUGUGAUAAAAUCACAAUUAGAAGAAAUUGAUGGUGAAAUAACUAAAGUUCUUGGCAAAAUCCAAAAGACUGAAACAAGACAAGUUGAGUUAAGAGAGACAUAUGACAAGGAGAAGCUUGAUGUGCGUGGAUUCAAUCAAAGCAAGGAAAGAAAAGAGCAAGCACUAGCAUCCAAGGAAGCACAAUUAAUCAGCUUACAAUCAGAUGUCAAUACAAUGCAGAAUAGCCUAAGGUCUUGGAGAGAUGAACUUGGUACUGAUCUACUAUCACAGCUUACCACUGAGGACCAAGAUGAAGUCGAUAAACUGAAUGUAGAAAUCAAUGAGUUGCAAGAUAGACAGAAACAAGCCAUCCGAAUGGGAACAGAGUUGGAUGAGAGAAAAAGUAUGUUAGAAAAUCAGCUGAACAACAACCUAAUCCGACGAAGAGAUGAAUUAAAUCAGACCCUUGAGGAGAUUUCACUUGAAGACAAGAAACAACUACUAGAAGGUCAUCAAAGUGACUUAGCAUCAGUAACUAGUACCAUUGAUAAAAUCAGAACAAGACUUAAAGUACUAGAAACAGAAUCAGAUAAUCAUAGGGAAAAGAAGGCAAAGACUGAGUCCAAACUAGAAGAAUGGAAGAAUGUUGAGCGAGCUAGGCUUGAGGCAAUACAAGAUGAUGCCAAGGCUUUGGAGAAAAUUGCUAACAAACGAAGUCUACUAAUGAAAAAGAAAGAUGAUUGUAUGAAGAAGAUACGUGAGUUGGGUUCAUUGCCUUCAGAUGCUUUUGACAAGUUUCAAAAAACUGCUUUAAAAACGUUAUGGAAAAAGCUUCACCAUUGUAACGAGGAACUCAAAAAGUACAGUCAUGUCAAUAAAAAGGCCUUGGAUCAGUUUGUCAACUUUUCAGAGCAAAAAGAAAAGCUUAUGAAACGCAAAGACGAACUUGACAGUGGAUACCAGGCUAUAGUAGAUCUAAUGGAUGUCUUGGAGCAGCGCAAGCAUGAAGCUAUUUUAUUCACUUUUAAACAGGUCUCAAAGUAUUUCAGUGAAGUAUUUGAAAAAUUAGUUCAUCAUGGUAAAGGAACCUUAGUCAUGAAGACUGAUCCAGGCGAAGCAGCACAGGAUGAUGAUGAUAGCCAAAGUCAACCUUCCUCAUCACAAUCUCAGAGGUCUGUUCCACUAGUUGAUCAGUUCACAGGUGUAGCCAUCAAGGUAUCUUUCAGUGGUAAAUCAGCAGAGACUCGUGAGAUGAACCAGCUAUCAGGUGGACAGAAGUCUCUUGUAGCCUUGGCUCUUAUCUUCGCCAUACAAAAAUGUGAUCCAGCACCUUUUUACUUAUUUGAUGAGAUUGACCAGGCACUUGAUCCUCAGUUUAGGAAGGCUGUUGCUGAAAUGAUCCGUAAUCUUGCUAUAAAGGCUCAGUUCAUUACAACCACCUUCCGUCCCGAGUUGCUGGAUUCCGCCGACAAGUUCUAUGGAGUUAAGUUCCGCAACAAAGUCAGCCAUAUUGAUGCCAUUACAUUGGAACAAGCAAAGGACUUUAUAGAGGAUGAUGAACAUGGGAAAUAAGUUAUUUGAUAAUCUCUCUGUCUUCAUAAUUCAUACUCAUAUGUACUUCUAAGCUCAUAUACAUGUAUAUGGCCUCUUAUUUACUGGGACUUUGGAGGAUGAUGAUGUAAUGUGGCAUUCAAGCUGAGAAGGAAGCACAGAGAUCAUCAAAGUUGGAGAAAAAGAACACAACUCUCAGGCCCUUCCUUUCAAAACUGUUACCACUUUAGGAAGGAAGAAGAUUUGAUAUUAUUUGCUGUGUGAUCUCUUCUCUUUCAAGGCUGAUAAUAAAGAGGAAAGAGGUACUUUAUAUGUUGGGAAGAAGAUCCAGGUUACCAGAGCUUUCCUUGUAUACAAUUCAACAGUAUUCAAGAAGCCAGGAGACAUUGAUGUUAUAAUCUGUUGUGCGACUUCUUCUCUUGCAAAGCUGAAAGAGUUUCCUUGCUCUAACAACUUUAAAUAAGAGCCAGUUCAUCAGGCCUCUACUUCUUAGUCAUCAGUGUUUUUGUGAGGCAUGAGGCCCUGAAUGGUCUUUGGUCACAUCAUGGUCCUUGGCAAAGAAUAGUUGAAGAAGUAAAGCAACUUCACAUCUUUGUUUUGAGGAUGACCAGAAACAUUAUUUUUUUGUACUGGACACUUCCUUUGGAUGCCAAAAAGAAAGAUGAAAAUAGUCAAGUGCCACAGGGUGAUUAACUUGACUCAUAAAAAUGCCUUUAACACUUGCAAAUUAAAGACUGGGGAACAAAGUCUAGCAAAGUGAAGUUAGAAAUUACAAACAGGUUAAAAAUUAGCACAAGGUUGUUGACAGUGUCUCAAUAUUGUGAUGUUGAGCCUUUUCAAGAGUGAGGCUCACAAGAAAAGGUCAUAAAGAGGGGUUAUAAUGUAUUAUUGUGAGUUCAAUCUAAGAGGAAGGUCAAAAUAUUUUAUCAUUUCUUUAUCUAAGAUUUUUCUUUAAUCUUGGGCUACCUGUGUACCCUUUGUACACUAACUACCUUCGGCUAAUUUCAUAUGAGUCUGUUAUAUUUUUUGGUGAUUGUUUCUGUUUUCAAGAGGAAGGAAUGAAUUCCUUGCUUUGGUCAUUUGUUUGUUUUCUGAAGACUAGAAAUCUUCCCAUUUCUGCCUUUAUAUGGGUUUUCACAUUCAAACGUAAAUAAAAAUAAUCUAUUGACAGUUCAUAUAGGGUAAGGUUUACAAUUAAGACACAAGUUCUUACUUGCAUAGUGAAUUGUCUUUUCUACCCUUUCCUACUUGUAUUAUAACAUAAUUAUACUUUUAUUAAUAAAGGAUCAUUUUUAUCA